AUGUCAUACCGUUUCAUGAUGGAAGGCCUCGCUGUGUUUGACUCGCUCGGGUCACGGCCCCUGGCGCGUACCACUGGUCGCCGGCGAGCUGUCGAGCGCAAGAGAGAAUCCGAUCUUUCUCUCCAACAGCUAGGGCUAUACUACUAUGUCUCAUUCUAUACUAAUCUAUUCCCUCGGGUAGCAGCUACUCCUCACCAGACCGAGCAGUUGUCUUCAUCGUUGCUUCAAUCUUCCUCGGACUCGCCCGAUUCUCAGUUGCCGAGUGCGACUCGUCUUCAAGCGCUCGAAGCGUCAACGGUUCCGUUCCAUCGUGUGCGCUGGAUUGCGUUUGGCACUUCAUCGACACGCAGUAUACUAGCGGAGCUUGCUGUGAUGGGACCAGUCUCAGUUAUAUGCAGUGGCAUCUCCGGGGCACUCCCUGAAACGCACACGGCAAUUACAGCCACGAGAUUGUCAGUGGUUACGGAGACGUCCUACCCAGCUUCUGCUACGGCGUCUGUAUCCAGUACCGUGGUGUCCAUACUACCAUCUAGUAAUACUAUUGGUGCUUCGCCGAUCAGCAGUGCUACGCUCACCACCAGCACGGAUGGUACAAUUCUGUCUUCUACCGCAACGACUACAAUCCCAGCAAUCACUAGCAUCCCCGCUACCAUCACGACCUCUGCUGCUUCGACGGCGACCACAUCUGCCGCAUCGUCUUCGCAUACCUCAGCUUCACUCAGCUCCUCCGACGUGAUUGGCGUGUCUGUGGCUUCUGGUGUAUCGGCCAUAUUCUUGGUUGGGGUUUCAAUAUUUUUCUGCACAAGGAGACUCAGACGUAGAAGACAGAAUAAGGAAAGCAAGGAAAUUUUCGAGAUUGGAGGCCAGAUGAGCGAACCUCCGGAUUUCACUGCCGCAGCUUUACGUGGAUCACUAGCAGGUGGGCCGAAUGUCCCAGGCAUCGGCUCUACCUUUAACCAAUUCCCAUCGCAACCAAUGCCUCGUCAAGGGUCCACGGCAAUUCUCACGCAGCCCGGGAAAAUUGCCAAAACUCAAGAAAUUGGACCAUCACCGAAGACAGAAUAUGGUGGCUCUCCACAGAGUCAGGUCUCGCAGCAUACGGUAUCUCAUCUGCUCCCCGCGGGCACAGCCAGCGGAAUCGUCCCUGAACCAUUAAGACUUAACCGUCAACCUCUUAUACGCCCACAAAGUGAAGCGACAGUAUUCGAUGAAGAAGAGCAGCGCCCAGGGAGUAUUUUUGGACCACCACUUGUCAAAGCACAGUCUCUUGAUGCACGCAGCACGCCAGAUAGUAAGCAGGAUCAGGGAGGUCCUGUGCGAGGCAUGGGGCUUCCGCCUGAUCCUCGCCCUCGCCGACAAGAUCAAAUGUCAUUUGGACCGUCAGGCUACCCAUACAAGUGGGAAAAGAGCGCUGCUUCGAUACCGACUGCAUCUCAAAAUGAUAAUUCAAAUAAUGGGCACCCUGCUCUUAGUAAGAGGCUGUCGCCUCAAGGAGCUUCCCGCACGUCGCCCGUGCAACCUGGCAAUGGAAAUACCACGUUGCAGAGAAAUUUCUCCCGACUUGGAAGACAGACUAACACACCUCGCUCCGCUGAAGCAUCAACGGAUACCAGCCACAAAACCAUCGAAGCAGAGGAUGAGUGGACAGAAAAGAACAAACUUUCAAUCCCACCACAGCUGACGACGGUUCAGGACAGGACGCCAGCGAAUGAAGUUUCUGUGGCAUCGCAAUCAUCACCCGUGCGAUACCCGGCCAUGCCUCGCUCUGCGGCGAUUGUGCCGGCUUCAAAAGUUACACGCAGAUCUCAAAAAGCCGAGCUCUAUACUGAAAACACGCAGAUCGACACGUCUAUGGACGGACAAGCCGGUGUUUUGAACCGUACUGCUGCUGCCGCCGAUGAGUCGCGCGUAGCGGAAACUCAUGGCCGGAACACAACCUUCUUCAUCGACUCGUCAUCUAGGUCUCGGUCGAGCAGCCCAAGCAGUCUCCUAGCGAAGAGACGCGGCGAGACGGUGGCUGACGAGAUGGAAAACCAGUUCCGCAGCGGAGUGCAUCCAAAAUACCCAGCAGUUUCUGGUGCAGACAAAGGACGAGAGAGAAGGAAGCCCGUUAGAGGUGCAGAAAGCUCUGAAGCCCUUGGCAAAACGCCUCGAUCUGGGAUUCCGUCCUCCCCGCACGCGCAUAGCAUUACGCCGACAAGACGAGGUGAAGAUCUUUAUUUGAGAGUUGAUUAA